AUGACAAAGUUUACUGCAAAUAACAUGGGAUUACUUCUCAAGUUAGCAAGCAGUAGAUUAUUAUUACACAAAAACAAAAAUAUUGAGCAAGGUAAUCUACACAAAAAAGAGAUUGCAGAGUUAUUGACAUUGGGUAAAGAAGAUCAAGCACGCGUGAAAACUGUUGCAGUUAUCAAUGAAGACUAUCAAACAGAGGUUUUAGGAAUUCUUAUCAUCUAUUGUGAAACUAUUAAUAAUAGAGUCAGAGCUUUAGAAGGUGUAAAAAUAUGUCCACCUGAUCUAAAGGAAGCAAUUUGUAGUAUCAUAUUUGCUUCACCAUAUUUAGAAAAACAAGUAGAAUUGUACAAAAUUAGAAAAAGAUUAAUUGAAAAAUUUGGAAAGAAGUUUCCAGAAGAAUGUAUAGAUUGUUGUUGUAUUAAUCCAAAAAUUGUUCACCGAUUAUCAAACAAACCACCAGAGGAUUCACUCAUCAAUUAUUAUCUAAGUAACAUUGCCAAAAAGCAUAAUAUUGCUUGGGAGACACCUUUAUUACCACCACUUGUAGAUUUACAACAAAGUAUUCCAGAUCUUAGUCUUAGUUCAUUGGCAGAACAAUUACCAUCAACACCAACAAACAGUACCAUUGACUCUUCUAUUUUAGAUUUUCCAUCAGUUCCUACAGCAGCCACCACUGCACCCUCGUCAUUGGAUUUACAAUUCCCAUCAGUGCCAACUGUUAUUCAAAAAGCAAAUUGUGAUGCCAACAAUUGCAAAGUAUUUGGACCUGGACUAAAGAGUGGUACAUUGACACAAGAUUCAUUGUUUACUAUUCAGUCAUAUGAUACCAACAACCAAAAGAUGACCAAUGGCGGAGAUACAUACCAUGUAUUAAUUCAAGGACAAUUUGGAGAUCAGAUUUAUGGAACCAUAAAGGAUAACAAUGAUGGUUCAUAUAAUGUCUCUUAUCGACCUCAAAAAGUUGGUGGAUAUGCCAUUGCUGUCUAUCUAGGAAAUACACAAAUCAAAAACAGUCCUUUUAUUGCAAAUAUUGCACAACCACAACAAGAAUCGUUACCAACAGACGCAUUGCAUUGUCGUUGUUAUGGUGACGGAUUGGAGCAAGGACAACCAAAAUUGUCUAGCACAUUUACGAUUGAAGCUAGAGAUUCAAAGGGACAGGUUAGAAAGGUUGGUGGAGAUAAAUUUUAUGCUUUUAUUCAAGGUCCACCUGGAAUACAAAUACAUGGAGAUGUAAAGGACAACAACAAUGGUACAUAUACUGUCAAGUAUACUCCACCUGUAGCCGGUGGUUACGCUAUUGCUGUGUAUUUGGAGCACAAUCAAGUUAAAGAUAGUCCAUGGACUUUCUUUAUACUUGAAAGUAGCACAGCCACCACCUCAACAGUACUACCACCAGCUGCAGACGAUGAAAUGGAUAAACUAUGGGAACAAACCAGUAAACUAUCGUUUGAACAAAGCCAAGUACCACCUGUUGUUGAAUCUGUUGUACCAAUGACAAUAUCAAAAGCUACGCUACAAGACAAUCUCCCAACUCCUCCACCACUUCCACCAGUCUCAAAGGCAAAGAAAAUAUCAAAUCUAGAGUUUCUACAGUCAAUCAACGAAAAAUGUUUGGUUAUUGACAAUGGAUCAGGUGUGGUAAAAGCAGGAUUUGCAGGAGAAGACCAACCACGUUGUGUAUUUCCAUCAAUUGUUGGAUAUCCGUUACAUGUAAACGUAAUGAAGAGUAUGGGCAAGGACAAAUAUGUUGGAGACGAAGCACAACAAAAACGUGGUAUUCUCUCGAUAAAAUACCCAAUCGAACAUGGUAUCAUUACCAAUUGGAGCGAUAUGGAAACUAUAUGGGAGUACACAUUCACAAAUGAACUCAGAGUCGAUUCAUCAAAACAUCCUGUCAUUCUCACAGAAGCACCUCUCAAUCCAAAGGCAAACCGUGAAAAAAUGUUGGAAAUUAUGAUGGAAUACUUUAAUGUCCCAGCCGUCUAUAUUGCUAUUCAAGCUGUUUUGUCACUAUACGCCAGUGGACGAACAACUGGAACCGUACUGGACUGUGGUGAUGGAGUUUGUCAUACUGUUCCCAUUUACGAAGGUUAUUGCAUGUCACACAAUGUCAAAAGAUUGGAUCUAGGUGGUCGAGACAUAACAGAGUACUUGAUGAGACUAUUGACAGAACGUGGAUACGCAUUCACAACAACAGCCGAGAGAGAAAUAGUUAGAGAUAUUAAAGAAAAAACAUCAUUUGUCUCUAUGGACUAUGUCGAUUCUAUGAAACAACCAGUGACAGAAGAAGUGGACUAUACCAUGCCAGACAAACAAGUGCUGAGCAUUGGCAAUGAACGAUUCCGUUGUUAUGAACCCUUUUUCAAUCCUUCUCUGCUUGGUAUGGAUAUCCAAGGUGGAGGAGGUGUCCAACAACUCUUGCACGAAUCCAUCAUGGGUUGCGAUGUUGACAUUAGAAAGGAAUUGUACAAAAAUAUUGUCAUUUCUGGUGGAUCGACCAAAGCAAAUGGCUUUCCCCAGAGACUUCAAGCAGAACUCGAACACCUAACCAACAUGCCCGUUAAAAUUUCAGCACCCGACAAUAGAGAGCACAGUGUGUGGUGUGGUGGAUCGGUAUUGGGUGAUUUAUCAACAUUUUCUGAUCAAUGGAUAACUAGACAAGAAUACCAAGAAUAUGCAUUGGUUAUUACUGUUGCAUUAGCAUUUUUUGGUUAUGCAGAAUGGUUUGAAGGAGUAGGUAUUGCUAGUGCAGUAUUCCUUGCCACCUUUGUAUCUACCUACUCAGAGUACAAAAACGAAAACUCAUUCCAAGAGCUCCAAGAAAAGGCAUCACGUAUCAAAUGCAAUGUCUUUAGAAACGGAAAUCAUGUUCAACAAAUCUAUGCAUUUGAUGUAGUCGUCGGUGACUAUAUUCUAUUGCAAGCAGGAGACAAGGUACCAGCCGAUGGUAAAUUGGUUGCAGGUGAACUCUACAUCAAUCAAUCGACACUCAACGGUGAGAGUGAAUUGGAGAAAAAGAUUGUUGCACCAAAGGACUAUCAACCAUCCUUUAAAAACAACUUUGCCGAUCACUAUCUCUGCUUUAGAGGAUCUGUUGUAGAAGACGGUGAAGGUGUCUUGCUCGUAGACAGUGUAGGUAACGAUACUUUGUAUGGUGAAUUGGCUAUUGAACUUUCAAAGGCUGACGAACGUGAAUCACCACUCCAAAUUAAAUUGUCCAACCUUGCCGAUGGUAUCUCUACAAUUGGUUACAUUGGUGCUUCAUUUAUCGUUGUCUCUUUCCUCUUUAAGCAAUUGGUUAUGGAUCAAAACUACAACUGGCCUCUCAUUAAACAAUACGUCUCCAACUAUCCAAUCGUAUUACGUGACGUUGUCAACUCUAUUACACUCGCCAUCAUCAUCAUUGUCGUUGCCGUCCCAGAAGGUCUACCAAUGAUGAUUGCCAUUGUCCUAUCACUCAAUAUGCGUAAACUCCUCAAAGCCAAGGUUUUGGUAAGAAAGUUGUUGGGUAUCGAAACUGCCGGUAGUUUGGAUAUUCUCUUUGUCGACAAGACUGGUACUCUUACCAAGGGUACUUUUACGCCACGUACAUUCAUCUCUGGUUCAGGUCACACCUACAGGGGUUACAAUCAAAUUCCAACAGAAUUGAGAGAUGUACUUUCAUUUGCUGUUCGUGAAUCAACAAGUUCUGUCAUUGAUGAAGAUGGUCAAAUCGCUGGUGGUAAUGCCUCUGAUAAGGCCCUUUUACAAUUCCUUGAUAAGCAAUCUUUAAUGGCCGACUUUGAUGUUGAAAUCAUCAGAGAAGUUUUAUUCCAUUCUGAAAGAAAGUAUUCUGCUGCUACUCUUAGUAUUCCUCAAGUUGGUGGUCCAUCUGGUAAACCUCCUCUUGGUAUUUUAAAAUGUUCACAAAAAUUAGGAACAGGUAAAAUUGAAUUAUCAUGUUUAAAGGGAGCACCAGAAAUUGUUAUUUCACAUUGUACAUCACAUUUUAAUGAAGAUGGCCAUAUUGAACCUAUUUCAGAUAUCGAUUCAUUGACCAAUGAAAUGAACAAACUAUCGGAACAAGGUAUCAGAGUCAUUGCUGUAGCCGUUGCCAAAGAGGCAUUAAAAGAAGGUGAAAGCUUGCCAAACAAUCUUAUUUUGGUUGGUGUUGUCGGUGUACACGACGAGAUUAGAGAAGAGAGCAAGUCAUCGAUUCAAUUGGCCAAGAAUGCUGGUAUUCAAGUUGUUAUGAUCACCGGUGAUAAAAAGGAAACUGCAAUUGCUGUUGCUCAUCAAAUUGGACUUAUUCAACCAGGUGAAGAAUUGCAACCAGGUGUUGUCAUGACCAGUUUGGAUUUACAACAUGUAUCAAACGAUCGUCUCAAAGAAAUGAUUCCACAUCUUCGUGUAGUGUCUCGUGCUCUUCCAUCGGAUAAAACUCGUUUCGUACAAGUGUCUCAAGAUCUCCACAAGGUCGUAGGUAUGACUGGUGAUGGUGUCAACGACAGUGCCGCUCUCAAACAUGCCGAUGUUGGUUUUGCCAUGGGAUCUGGAUCAGAGGUAUCAAAAGAAGCAGCCGAUAUCGUUAUCCUCGAUGAUAACUUUGCCUCUAUUACGCAAGCAGUCCUCUAUGGUCGUACCAUUUACAAAUCAAUUCAAAAGUUUAUCGUCUUUCAAUCGACUAUCAAUGUUGCAUCGACUAUGAUCGUAUUCCUCGGACCAUUUAUGGGUUUUGAUUUCCCAUUGACAUUGAUCCAAUUACUCUGGGUCAAUCUUGUCAUGGAUACAUUGGCAGCAUUGGCAUUUGGAGGUGAACCAGCACUCGAUCGUUAUAUGAAGGAGAAACCAAUCAAACGUGACCAAAAUAUCAUUACCCCUCGUAUGUGGUUCUCAAUCCUAGGAGGUGGUCCAUACAUUUCAAUUAUGUCAGUUGCAUUCCUCACCAAUGACUGGGUUGAAUCCUACUUUACAAGAGAUGGUGUAACAUCGGAACCGGUAUUCCUUACCGCCUUUUUUGCCUUUUUCAUCUUUUUGGCAGUCAUCAACGCAUUCAAUGUUCGUACCAAUCGUUUGAACCUCUUUGACCAUCUCCUCGAUAACAAGGGUUUCAUUGUAGUCAUCUUUUUCAUCUUUUGCGUUCAAAUCGUCUUUACCUAUAUCGGUGGUUCUGUCCUACGUACUGUUGGACUUACUCUCAAUGAAUGGGUCGUCGUCAUCAUUGCCUCUCUCUCUAUCAUUCCAUUCGAUUUGAUAAGAAAAUCUCUCGUCAAUUUAUUCUUAUCAUCUUCAACAAGAAGAAUUAAAAGAGAUUAA